CUACCAGCGUCAGGGCAAACACUCAACAGAAAGGACUUCGUUCCAUCAGUAUUGUGUAAGAUCGUGUAAUUGUUGCGCAGCGCCACGAAAUGUUGCGACACAAGUUUUCUUUGACGGGAAGUGGAUGGUCUUAUUCAAGACAUGGCAGGAACGUGCCACUAACGAGAGCCUAAAUUAAUCAAGUUGUUUCGACUAUUGUAGGGUUUUGCAAUUAAAAAAAACUGAUGGUACUGAUCUAGCAAAGAGUUUUAAAGGGACCGUAAUUGACGCCAGUUAGCCAGUCAUCAUCAUGGUGUCUGCGAGAGUGCUCCAGUUGCUGGUGUUAGCUUGCCUUGGCUCUGCUCUACUUGCUAGAGGUGAAAAUGACAACCAUUUGGUGAUAGCCCCGCAGUCUCCAGUGCUUGAGAUUGGGACUACUUUCAUGGCUACAUGCAUGGUCAUCAACACAGCUGAAGUUACUGCAGAUGACCUCUACUGGAAUUUGUCUAAGACUACUGUACCCAAGGAACAGUACACCAAGAUCAACAGAUCAGCUCUUAAUGUCACUCUUCAUGUCACCAGUGAAAAAAGCUCAUGGUUAUUUUGUCUCUGCAAGAAGGUGUCAGCCUAUGUUGUCCUGAACGAAGGCAAAUUUAUUCACGGAAUCCUCCUCAAAAAAGGCUAUCGUCCGGGGAAGCCUGAGAAUCUGUCCUGUAUCGCACUUCAGCGCCAAACAUUCAUCUCUUCAAACAUCAGCUGUUCUUGGGUACCAGUAGGACGUCAAACAACAGAUGUCCCUACAACAUACACGCUAUUUUUAGUGUACACUGAUGCCAGCUAUAAUGUGUCAACUCAUGAAAACAGUGCCCAAAUAAAUACAAACGUUUUCCCCAAUUUUAUGGAACUGGAGAUCUGGGUGGAGGCCCACAAUAAACUCGGAGCAAUAGAGUCUGAGCAUCUGAAAAAAGAUGCUGGCUAUUUUGUGAAAACAAACCCUCCAGCAGAUGUCAAAGUCAUUCCAGAGAAUUUUCCCACCUCCCUUCUCAUAAACUGGAAUCGUCCUAUUAGUAAACAAAAUUUGGGAUUAACGUAUCAAAUCAGAUUCCGCCCAAAUGGAUCUCAGAGUUGGACAUAUGUACCUCUUGUGGACACUGCUAGGGACAUACUGUCUUUCAGACUCCAGAACCUCAAACCACACACAGUUUAUGUCACUCAAGUACGCUGCAAAAAUGCGAAAGAGGGUUACGGUCAGUGGAGCGAAUGGAGUACCAGCGCUACCAACAGAACACCAGAAAAACGACCAACAAGUAAACCGGAUUUAUGGAAAAUCGUUGCUGAGGGUGACAGCAUUAAUGAACGACGAGUGCGGUUUAUGUGCAAGGAUCCUGUGUCUGCCAACGGGAGGAUAAUAAGAUUUGACAUAAAGAUUCAAAACCAAAAGGAUAAAGUCAAGAAUGGAAGUUUGGACUGGGAGAGAAUUCCAGUCAAUAGGUCAGAGGCAGACAGCAGCUCUAACCAGAGGGAGAUCACUUUCCUUAAAGAGAUUCAUCUGGCUGACAAGAAAUUCGUCAAAGUGUACGUCACCGCCAGCAAUUCUAUGGGGAAAUCUGCUCCAGCAUUUUUAGCCAUCCCUGAAAAAACACAUGAGCUUGCCCCAGUGGAAGAGCUGAGGGUUUUUCCUGAACGUGGCCAGCUGUUGUUAGAAUGGAAACCCCCCAACAAUACAUCUGUGUCAGAGUAUGUAGUGGAGUGGGUCACUGGUGACAAGAUAGAUUGGAAGAGGGAAAACAGAAGCACCAGUCGCACUGCAAUUAGAGGUAACCUUGAGAAGUUUGUUUGCUACACUAUAUCAGUGUAUCCAAUAUACUCUGGAUGGACUGGGAAGCCAGCAAGUGUUGAAGCCUUUCUGGAGCAAGGGGCUCCGCUGGAAGGCCCCAUUGUUAGACUGAAGGGUAAACCAGGACGUAACGAGGCUGAGCUAGUGUGGACAGAGAUUCCCCAGCAAAGACGGCGAGGCUUCAUCACACACUACACAUUAUUUUAUACAAGUGGGACUGAAGUACAUGCUGUAAGAGUGCCAGCUAACACCACCUCAUACACUCUGAAGUCAUUGUCAGGCAACACCAAAUAUGACACUUGGAUCAACGCUUCAACCAUCCAAGGCUCAAAAUCUGGCUUUAAUCACUCAUUUACCACUCUGAAAUAUGCACCAGGAGAGAUUGAGUUCAUCGUGGUAGGAGUGAGCCUUGGCUUUCUGUUUGUUGUUGUCAUGACCAUGCUGCUCUGUCUCUACAAAAAAGAUGUGCUCAAAAGGAACUUCUGGCCUCAGAUUCCAAACCCUGGAGAGAGCACCAUUGGAAACUGGUCUCCUGAUUAUCCUUUGAAAUCAGAGACACCAAAGGAGAACUGUCUGUCUGGCAUCAGUGUCCUUAAUGUGUGUGAUGGAAAGUCUGUGUUUGAGGAGGAUAAGACCAGUCUUCCUCUGAAGAAAGACAAGUAUCUGUCUGAAGAGCACAGCAGCGGCAUCGGUGGCUCCUCCUGCAUGUCCUCACCUCGCCAGAGUGUGUCUGACAGCGAUGAGGGCGGCGACAUGGCUGACACCACAGCGAGCACCGUCCAGUACUCCUCAGUGGUGGCCUCCAAUGGUUACAAGGGUCAGACCCCGAGCUCUCAACCACAACAGGCCAUUUUUUCAAGGUCUGAGUCCACACAGCCCCUUCUGGACUCUGAGGAGAACCCAGACAUGUUGGUGCAAGAGGGCAGCAAACAGUCCCAUCGUUUCCCCCAACAGCCCUGCUUUACACACACUGUAGGGAAUGAAGACGGCUCUAAUCCUGCUGACUUCAAUCAGCUGGAGAUGGAGCGACACGAGGUGCUGGAGCCUAUGCACUUUUGUCCCCUGGAAGAGGACUCUGAGCAGACAACACCUACAGAUGACCAGUCAGCUGACUGGCUUCCAGCAGCACAAGUCUCCAGCUACAUGCCUCAGCUGGGUGGCUACAGGCCACAGUAAGAACACAGACAGACCUGAGUCAUGUGUAAUCUGUCUGAAUGCUUCUGUGCCUUUUUGUUCAUGUUAAAUGUGCAUUUCAAGUCUUUGAAGCAGUGAAGAAGACUACCAGUAUGUCUUUUGUACAUAAAGUAUAAAUAGUC